GCCAUUAAACCUUUUGGGUACGUACAUAUAGAAUCCUGUGAAUGCUGAUGGACCACUUGAGAUUGAGAAUAUAGGCAAUGCGCAACACUUUUUCCCAUUUGAUAUAUUUGAGACUUUUCUACUUGAUUUCCCCUCCCCUUUUCUUUUAAUCAAAUUACCGCAAAAGAGAGAGAGGACUUGUACAGAUUGACAGAUGGGCGACCAGCAGACGGCUGGGCAUGUACACAUACGCGUGCUGUGUUGGUAGGACGGAAACCCUGUCGUGAUGCGUGUGCGUGAUGUGCUGGGUUCUGUUGUGUUCCAACCCCUCGGCGAGUCGAUCCCGUCGCCACCACCUCCUCUUUAGCUGCUCCUAUCCCAUUCGUCCAUCCGCGUACGCUAUAUAGCGUAUAUACAUCAGACUUAGAAGAGCCAUACUGGUAUACACGCGCCAGCCAGCAGAUGGGCCCCGGCGCGGCUCAAGUCCUUUCCCUUCGCUCUCUUGCUUUGCUGCUCUCCGCCCUGACGCGGCUGCUGCUGCUGCUGGUCCCGCGCUCACACCAGUCCCUCAGCACAGCGGUUGAGUCUUCUCUUCUUCGUCUUCUUCUUCUUCUCUGUGCGUCCUGUAAGCGGAACUUUUAGACGAUGUCGGGGCCUUGGUGCGGCAAGUACCAAGCCCGUCAAGCUCUCUCUUCUUCUUCGUCCCUCGUCUGCUCGCUCCUGUACCUCCCUCGUCGCUAAAUUACCGCCUGCUCGCAGCUCUUCGGUGUGGGUUGUUUUUUGGGGCAUCAAAUCACUCGUGAACAAACUCGACCACUUAUUUAUCGACUGGCCAGGACAGCAGCACAACAACAACAACAACAACAACACUUGUUCUGCUCCUGCUGCUUCCUUCUUUUCUUCCCAGCACUUUGUUCUCUCUCUCGCUGCUUCCGGUUUGUUGUUGUUGUUGUCUUAGACUCCCCUCCGCCCCCGAAGUAUUUAUUUAACGAUCCUCCAUCCGACUUCCACCUAAGAAAAGCGGAAAAAUAAGAAAUUCGCUUUCAAUCGUGUGCUGACGAUUUUUCGUUCGUUCAGUGUUUGUGUGUGUGCGGCGGUGCUUUCAAACUCCUUUUAUUUCCAGCCCAUUUCUUAGAUGUACGUCCAAUAGGCCCAUCUUCAAUUGUUAUUUUCCUGCCGGCCAGUCUUUUUGGCAAAAGGGAAGAAGAGCAGCAGACACAUCAGCGGGAGGCCGAAAGACAUACAUUGUGAGUGAGAGUGUUGUGACCAGCGGUUGGCCAACUUGUGCGCGCUGUUUGGAGAGUGCGCUGGCCAUUGACCGAUUGGCUGCUCUCUAUCACGACGCUCUAAUAGCCCAGUCCAGUCCAGGGUCCGCAUCAGCCCCACCGUAUUUAUUUCGACGCCAGGUGUCUGUGCUGUGUGUUGUUGUUGCGUUGUGCGCUGAAUAUAUCCCGCCACCAUGACGUAAACAUAACCUGCGGGGAUCCUGCUCAACCCUUCAUAAACAUCACACAACUAUACGCAGCAGCAGCAGCAGCAGCGCAGAGUUCGUCAUCUUUUCGCCUGCUGAUUGACCACCGAAUCUAUUUCCAACUUGACACAUCAGCAUUCUUGUGGACUGGCCGGAUCGGCUGCUGGAUUGAACCAGAAUGGCAGAGAAUGCGGAAUCGACGGGCAAAGAACUGGCAAGCGUUUCAUCGUUGGCCAGCCAUCAGAAUCCCGUCAAUUACAGCAGCGCCGCCGCCCGUCCGUCUCAAUUGGCCGCCGUGGCCGAAGGCUCAUCGGGCCGCACUUCGACUUGUUCAACGCCCGCAGCAGCGGCCGCAGGAACAGCGUCAGGUAUGAAAUCGACGGUGGGAUCCAGCAGCGGCGCAACGGCGACUACCAGCAGCACUGCUGGACUGACGGCGGCCACUUCUGCAGCCUCUUCCUCCUCCUUCUGCUCCUCCUCUUCCAUCGUGGGGUCGAGCACCCUGGCCAGCAGCAGCGUCCCUAGCGGCGGUGUGGGUACUAGCAACAACAACCCCACCACCACCUCCACCACCACCUCCGCCACAGCAGCGGCGGCCAACCCGUCGACUGCUGCGUGUUGCCCGAGUCCGCCGCAGCUCUCAGUUGCGGCGGUGACUUCUAAAGGCAAAGGCGCCAGUGCCACUCCUUCCAGUAGUGGCGAGCAGAGCAACCGAGCGGCAGCUGGAUCACCUUCGGUAGUGCCCGUGACAACAGGAGCAGCAGGAGCAGCAGCAACAGCAGCAGCAGCAGCCACACCGUCGACUCAUCCGGCCGUGGGAACGCUGAGACAGCAGUCGCAUCCGCAUCAGCAUCCGACAUCUUCGCCGCCGUCGUAUUCGUGGGUGCAGAGUCACCAGCGUCCGUCGGCCAGUGCCGCCGGGGGAUUGUCGUACCCGCUGGACGAGCCGGAUCAGAACAUCGAAGGGGCCGGAUACAACUGGUCGGCCAGGAAUCAGGCCACUUGGAGCGGGCCGGUGCCUCAUCUGGUCCGUCGGGUCAGCACCAGUGGGACGGGCGGAGUUGGCGGAUGCACCCGGUAUGGUAGUCUCAACCGGCGCAGUGGUAACAACAGGAGCCAAUUGCAGCAGCCGUCCAGCAGCCUGCGACUCGUCAACGGCGGAUUGGCCGGCGGCCCAGCGGCCAACGGCUACCCGUCGUCCGAGGAGGAACUGAGGAGUCCGCGCCACCGACGGCCACAUCCGCACCAGCAGCACCCGCUCCUGGGCUAUGGUCUGAAUAGCGGGCGCAGCGAUGACCUGGGCAGCAACGCCUAUUACGGCGGCGGCGGAUCCGGCAGCUGCGGAGGCGUUUCCGGCGGCUACUCUUACGGCGGAGUCGGCACCUGCUGCUCCGAUUCUUUAGUGACGGCCCUAGAGGACGAAGCCUCGACUUCUUCGUUCGUGCCCGACUACCUGGUGGCCGGCGCUGACGACAUGAAUUUUAUCAACAAUAAAGAAAUGAGUGCCGGGGGCGGUGGAGGAGGUGGUGGCGGCGGAGUGGGCGGGUGCGGAAGUGCGGCCGGAAGUUUCGCCGCCGGAGGCGGAAGAGUUCACUUCAGCAACAGUGCCGGCGGCGGAGACGACGUCAGCCUGUACGGGACGCCAAAGGAAGAAGCCGGACCGGGUCCCGGGCCGGCCAACAUGGGCGGCGAGCCCAAGCCGUCGUUCAUCCGCAACCAGCUUCAAGCUCUCUUCCAGCCGACGGACAACAAGCUGGCCAUGAAGCUCUUCGGCAGCAAGAAAGCUCUCAUGAAGGAGCGCAUCCGACAGAAGGCGGCGGGACACUGGAUCAUCCAUCCGUGCUCCAAUUUCCGGUUUUACUGGGACUUGGGGAUGCUGUUCCUGCUGGUGGCCAACUUGAUCAUCCUUCCCGUGGCCAUCUCUUUCUUCAACGAUGACCUAAGUAUUCGCUGGAUUGCCUUCAACUGCCUUAGCGACACCAUCUUCAUGAUCGACAUCGUCGUCAAUUUUCGAACAGGUAUUAUGCAACAAGAUAAUUCGGAGCAGGUCAUCCUGGACCCGAAGCUGAUAGCCAGGCACUAUCUGCGCACUUGGUUCUUCCUAGACCUGAUCAGUUCCAUACCACUUGAUUACAUCUUCCUCAUCUUCAAUCAGUUUCUACGGAUGCAGGACUUUAGCGAAAGCUUUCAGAUCCUGCAAGCCGGCCGGGCUUUGAGGAUUCUUCGCUUGGCUAAACUCCUCUCCCUCGUGAGGCUUCUCCGACUGUCACGACUCGUCCGCUACGUCAACCAGUGGGAGGAAGUUUAUAUCUCUCAGAACUUACAGAAUCUGAGCAAAAAACGGACCGAACGAAGGGGACGGCUCGGUUCCGACGCUCACGCGAGCAAUCAGAAGGAGUCCUACAAAGAAAAAUCCCUUAUCAUGAAGUUUCUCAACAUGGCCAGCGUCUUCAUGAGGAUCUUCAACCUCAUCUGCAUGAUGCUGCUCAUUGGCCACUGGUCAGGAUGUCUUCAGUUCUUGGUGCCCAUGCUCCAGGGAUUCCCUCCCAACUCGUGGGUGGCCAUCAACGAAUUGCAGGAAUCCUUCUGGCUGGAGCAGUACUCGUGGGCCCUAUUCAAAGCCAUGUCGCACAUGCUGUGCAUCGGUUACGGCCGGUUCCCGCCGCAGUCGCUCACCGACAUGUGGCUGACGAUGCUGUCGAUGAUCAGCGGAGCCACCUGCUACGCCCUCUUCCUCGGUCACGCCACCAAUCUCAUUCAGAGCCUCGACUCUUCGCGACGUCAGUACCGCGAAAAGCUGAAACAGGUGGAGGAGUACAUGGCGUACCGGCGUUUACCGCGGGACAUGCGCCAAAGGAUCACCGAAUACUUCGAGCACCGCUACCAGGGCAAAUUCUUCGAUGAGGACGCCAUCUUGGGCGAGCUGUCGGAGAAAUUACGCGAGGAUGUCAUCAAUUUCAACUGUCGAUCUCUGGUGGCUUCCGUGCCGUUUUUCGCUAACGCCGAUCCAGCCUUCGUCUCCGACGUUGUUACUAAACUCAUUUACGAGGUCUUCCAACCAGGUGAUAUCAUCAUCAAGGAGGGCACCAUCGGAACGAAAAUGUACUUUAUCCAAGAGGGAAUUGUGGACAUUGUGAUGGGCAACGGCGAUGUGGCCACAUCUCUCAGCGACGGGUCCUAUUUCGGUGAGAUCUGCCUGUUGACAAACGCCCGACGAGUGGCCAGUGUUCGGGCCGAGACCUACUGCAACCUCUUUUCCUUGUCGGUGGAACACUUCAACGCCGUCCUGGACCAAUACCCACUCAUGAGAAGAACGUUGGAAAGCGUGGCAGCCGAAAGAUUGAACAAAAUUGGUAAAAACCCGACCAUGGUAUCCAACCGGGAGGACUUGCAAAGUGACUGCAAAACGGUCAACGCCAUCGUCAGCGGCAUGUCGGCGGGCGGCCAUUCGGAGCCGGGAAGCACGGAGGAAUUCGGCGGUCAGCACUUGGGUCACCGAAGACGUUCGUCCACCGGGAGGAUACAUCACUACUUGUACCAGCACUCGCCCACCAUGUCUCCACCGUACAGCCUUCCUCGCCCUCGCUCGGAGAAUAAUUUCGCCCUGGCGGCGGCGGCGGCUUCCAUGGCGGCUGCCGCUUUCGGCGUCCCGUCCGGCAGCGCUCCAGUAGAGCAGCAGAGAUUCGACCUCAAAUCCGAUGUUAAAAACAUGUCCAAUCACUGACUCUCUAGUCCAUUUCUUAUUAUAUAAAACGUUUUGUCAAUGAUUUCAUCCCCCCUCCCCAAGUUUGUUUUUUGUUGGUCUUAAUUGACGUCGUCAAAUUGUUCUGCUUGAGAACGGCGAAUGCCAUUAUUUCGAUACCUAUGUAUUAAAGAAAGGCGUGUUUAAAGCAGCCUCCCUCGCAAAAAAAACCCCAAAGACUAUUUAGCAAUAAUCCGUGUGGUAGUGCUCAAAGGGCAGAUUUUAGUUAGGUGCAAAUUAAGCAAAACAAAACAAAAAAACAAAAAAACUCGAGCAUUUACUAAUUGCACAAAUCGCGCACGGUGGUUGCAGUUCACGACAUGCUAUCCUCCUUAAUUCUGUCCCUCCACUGUACACUCAAAUUGUUAUUUGCUUAUAUUCCUCAUUUACCAGUCACUUGUAAAGCGCCUCAGGUCGGCAUCUCGAUAAGUUAAGGACACUGAAAACAAGUCUGAUCUUCAAAAAACAAAACAAAAACAAAAAAACAUAAUUUUUAAACUCCAACAGUUUUUCAAGACUUUUUUUUACCCCCUUCAGCGUAUCGCUCUUAUGUCUUGUGGAUAGCUUUUACUACAUUUUUUCUAAAUUAUUAUUUUCGAGGAAACCGUUGUAAAGUAGAAUAUUACAUAGACCUAGUCGGCUAAUAUAAUCACUGUUAUGAGGGAUUACUUGUUGCUGCCACUUGUACGGAUUCUUUUUUAGUAAGAGAAAUUAAAGAGAUGGAGAGACCGCGAAGCGCGCACAUAAUGAUUUAAUCUCGAAAUUUGUUGGUCAAUGACGAUUUGUUUCCAAAUCACUCUUAAGGUCUUUUAUUGUUUUGUAUUUUUCAAAAUGUGUUGAGUUGAAAGUUUCGCUGUGUUGUUGAGAGUGAAAGUUCCUGUUAUCGAGAGUUUACUAGUUAACGACUGGGGAAGCCAAUAUGCAUUACUGUAGGCGGCCUGAUUCACACUAAUGCACAUUAGACAUUUUAAGUAGCAUUUACGAACGAGUUGAAUAUUACUAUACAUAAAUCCGCAUUUUCGACGGUGGAAAUAACACUCCUUAUUAUCUCGUACGAGUCGACUGUCUGAGUGGUUGUUUUGAACUUGUAAGGCUUGCAAGUGCAUGCCAGGUUGUGUCGUAAUAAGACGAAUAAUAACAAUACAAUUCAUA